UGUAUACUACGAACCUUCUGGAGCGCCCGGCAGGAUUGAAGCCUCCCGGUUCCUCAGUAGGGCCACCUGCUCAUUACUACAGUUUGGUCUUCCCUCGAUGCCUUGUCUCAUCUGCUCACCUCCUACUGCUGCUUCCCAGGCCCCCCCCUCCAACUCAGCACGUGCCCUGGAAUCCCUGUCUCCGGGUCUGCUUCUGGGAAUCCCCAUCUGAGAGAGUGUGUCAAGUGCUUGACAGAAAGAAGACACUUGAUAAAUCAAUGGUAGCCGGCCCACUAGACUGAAAGCUGCAUGAGGGCAGAAAGUAGCCACUGUGAUCUGAUCUCUCCUUGGGGACAGGUCCUGGCCAAGAAGGCACCCAGUACAUGUGUGUUGAACGAAUCGACAAGGACGUAUUUCUUUCUGCGACCCUCUCCUUUUGGACCCUCCUUUUCCCUAUCCAGCUCUCCUUUCUCCCUUUCUGGAGGGAGGAUGUCCUGGGGCCAAAAUGUGCCUCUGAUUUCCCCAGAGCCCCUGCUCUCAAAAUGAGCCCUCCUGCAGCAUUGUGACGUCACGGAGCAUUAGCCAAUGGCUGCCAGUCCACGCGGGGCCCCUGGCCUCCCGGGAGCACCUCCCUCCAUUCACAGGGAGAAGCCACCUUCUCUUGCACUGGCCCUUAACCCUCCGGGCAGCUGCGGAGCAUGGAUCCUUCCUGAUGCUAUUCUUGGCCCGAUGAUUCUCACAGUCAAGCUGCUUCUGGGCCGGAGAUGCAGCCUGAAGGUGUCGGGGCAGGAGAGCGUGGCCAUGCUGAAGAAGCUGGUGUCCGAGCGCCUGCAGGUGCCCGAGGAGCGGCAGCACCUGCUCUUCCGAGGCCAGCUUCUGGCGGAUGACAAGCGUCUCUCCGACUACUGCAUCGGGCCCAAUGCCUCCAUCAACGUCAUCAUGCGGCCCUUGGCCAAGACGGCGGCCGCGGAGGCCCCCCAGCCCCAGCCCUUGUGGCACCACCUGGGCCUGGUCCUCGCCAAGCACUUUGAGCCCCGCGACUCCAAGGCAGUGCUGCAGCUGCUGAGGCGGGAGCGCCAGGAGCGUCUGCGGAGGAUCAGCCUGGGGGAUCUGGAGCGGCUGGCGCAGUACCUCCUGACCCAGGAGCCCGCAGUGGAGGGCGGGCCUGAGCCCAGAACCUCAAAGCCCCAGGACAGAGAGGAGGAGGCAGAGGAAGAGGAGGGGGAGGAGGAGGAGGGGGAGGGCAAGGCUGAUCAGUAAACCGGCCCAUCCUACUCAUUUGCAUGCUCAAAUUCGCCUGGCGUCAUCCUUCUGUGGUCCCUGGUGACCCCCCACUCGCUCCUGCAGGAGCAGAGGCAGGCGUACCCCUUUAUGAAACUUCAGAGCAGCCGGAGGGAUUGUGGACCCCUCUGUCCUCUCUUGGGCCUGCGGUAGCCCC